UCCAAUUGAGCGAAGAGCCUCUUGUUCAUAGUGUUUUAACUUUAUUUGUCACUCUUGAUCAUUGUUGAUAACACUUGAACUGUUGGUUUAUUUCACUGGUUGCAGAGAAAACCAAGGAAGAUGUGUCUACCAUUGCGGAAAAGUUGAUGACCAAAAGACGGGAACAACUGAAAGAAAAUAGGGAGGCUGAUAUUCGAAAAAGUUUGUCAGUUAAUUCUUUAGACAACGAAACAAAAUCUCGUAAGCUUAGAAGAUAUCAAAUCAUGAACAAGGACUACAGAGAAAUCCUUGGUAACCUUGAUUAUUUAGACUGUGUAAGUCUUAGUUUAGUGGAUGAAGUUAGCCAGGGCAUGACUAUUAACUCAUUCUUACAGUCUAUAGAACCAUUCUCUGAGUGCAGCGUACAGGACUUGAUAGAAUGGAUGGAAAAUUCCAAAAAAGUCCUCAAAAAAACACAAUCAACACAAUGGGGCAGUGUUUCUUCUAUUUUGUUUACUGUGUAUACAAAAGAGGCCAUAUUCGAAUUCAAGGAAAAAGAUAUUGUUGAGGUUAUUGAUCACAGUAUACGAUGUGCAAUAGAGAGCGAGAAUUGCAUACUCAUUUCAGAGCUUGUGAUGGCAUACUUAUUUGAUCACGAUAUUCAGUUGCAAAGAGUGUUUGAAGAUAUGAAGGGUAUUAGUCCUGCCAUUAUUGACACAAUGUUACAAACAGUGAGAACUCUGAUUUUGAGAAAAUUCCGUUAUCUCCAAAACAACGCCAUCGUUGUGUCUUUCUGUAAGGAGUGUGGACGAGAAAAUCGUCUGGUGAUGAUCAUGUCAUACAAAGGAAAUAUAGACAUGAAAGACAGAAUUCCAGACAAAAUGAUGGGAUUCGAGCUUGUCUUGUAUAAUUUUACACAACCGUCAGAUGAAGCAUCGAGUGUCUUCAAAUCCGUUUCACUUUUAAAGAAAACUGCAUUGCCAACAGUAACAGAAAGAGAAGCAAGAGAACUAUUUAGGAAACACUCCAAUCUCACAAUGAUAUCAGUCUCACCAUAUAAAUCCAUAGGAUAUUCCAAGGGGAGGCACAGAGUUGUAGAGAAACUGUGUAUUAGUCUAUUUUGUUUCCAUAAAGGGUAUAUUCCCUAUGGAGAAGAACAGUUUCCAAAACAAUUAGGGGAGUUUGAAGUGGAUGUCUAUGAGGGGUACAGUGUUCUUGGAAGUGGCGUAUCUCUAGACAUUGGCGGGUAUAUUUGCCGUGCAGGUUGUGGGAGUAUUGGGGGGGUUAUGGAUCUCCCCAAUAAUAAAACUGGUCUUAUUACUUGUGCGCAUGUUAUAUUUUCAUCAAAAGAACUAGAAAAAUUGGAAUCAAAGAACGGAAUUCCUCCAGACAGUAAAGUAAAAGCCUUUGAUAGAACAGCUCACACAUAUAGAGUGUGUGGAAAAUGUGUUGCUGCAGAAUUUCCGAAAUGUUUCCAACAUGCCACACCUCCACAACCUAAUGUUGAUGCUGCUUUAAUUGAACUUGAUCCAGUGAUAGACACCUUCAGGUUACCCACUGUGUCCUCAGACCAAUUGUAUUCUGCAGGUUUUGACCCAGAUAAUCCCCCAGCAUUUUCGGGAGACGUUGUAUCUCCUGAGUACUCAAACAGUUUACAAAUUCCAGACAAAUUAGACAGUGUGGUAAAAUACGGCGGCGAAACUGGAUUGACCAUCGGUCAUCUUUACCACAGUAGUACCCAUAUCCGGUUUAUAAAUCAUGAUUUGAAACUCCCGGAUAAUUCACGAAGUGCUAUUAUGUGUGAUCAAAUUGAAAUUCAAAACUUUCCUCAGCGACAGUUUUUUUAGUGUGGUGACUCCGGUUCGUGUGUCUUUUGUAUCAAUUCUGAUAAAACACUCAGCUGUCUCGGGAUGGCAGUUGGACUAUCCCUUCCACAAAAGACCUGUCUAGUGACUCCUAUUGACAGAAUAUUACGCAGUGUGUGUCCUCCUGGUGCUCAGAUAAAACCUUGUAGUUCUUUGCUUGAUCAAAACAGGACCAAUACUCAACCUCAAGCAACGUUAGACAUGAUUCUGGCAGCCAUUGGAAAUUUUCAGACUUCUUUACAGAGUGUUGAAACUAAUUUCCAAGCUUCAUGUACAAACUGAAGUUCGAACUCUACAGAGUCAGGUGAAACGAAUUGAAGAUUCGAAAACUCGAACAUCGUCAGAUCAAUCCAAUGCUAUUCAAAAUUAAGAUUAUGUUGAGAUAAACCAUCUGAUUAUACAUUGUUUAACAAUAUUUGCAUUUAAACAAUCUUAGAUCACCUGAGCCAAAGGUUCUAGUGAGCUUUUCUGGUCUAAGUUUGUCCGGCGUCAGUAGUUGUCGUCACGAUCGUGAACUUUUCACAUUUUCAUCUCCAGAAACACUGAAUCAAUUUCAUUCAAACUUUGUACAAAUCUUUCUUGAUUAAAGAAAAUUAAAUUUUGUUCAAAUGAAGGGGAAGCGAUCAAUGUUGUAUGAAAUAAAAUAAUACUUUGUGGUCACCCUUUGGAGCUAGCCUACACAAUAUGAAGUCAAAUUUUUCAUGGGAAUAAACUGACAAAAUGUAAAACUUACAACAGCUGAACAACAGCAGUGCCAAGGGAAUUGGGUGAGCGAUGUGUCGCAUGGGUCUCUUGUCAAAAGUCAGGAAUAUAUGUCAAGGAUUUUAUGAUGUAUAUUAGAUGUUUAAACAGUUCACAUCACUGUGUUAUUGUAAAAAGUCAGGAAUUUAUGUCAAGGAUUUUAUGAUGUAUAUUAAAUGUAUAAACAGUUGACAUCACUGUUAUUGUAAAAAGUCAGAAAUAUAUAAACAGUUGACAUCACUGUUAUUGUAAAAAGUCAGAAAUAUAUGUCAAGGAUUUUAUGAUGUAUAUUAGAUUUAUAAACAGUUUACAUCACUGUGUUAAUGUGCUCAUGUUCAUUACCAUUAUUAUAAGCAAAAUUCAUUAAAACUUUUUUUGUUUUUUAUCAAAGGAUUAAAAAGUGAA